GACGUGGGUGCGGCCACCUCCAUGCCCAUUGCAUCACACAACGAACUGAAGUCAACCAUGGUCCAGUCCUGCGUCGAAUUGCUUUCCCAAAAACAUUCGUCCCUGUGAUACCCGACCCAUUCCUUGGGCAACAACCUCAUACUACCCUCUUUUUUCUUUUUUUUCCUUUUUUUUCUUUUUUCUUUUUGUUUCUUUUUUGGACUUGACAGACGACCCGGGGGCUUCCCAGGCUUCCCUCACACGCUUCCCUCCAGCUUGGGCAAAGAAAGAAAGGCCUCUCUUUUUCGCCUCUUCUCACCUUUCACAGCCCUCGGGACACACGCCGUUCGAUAGACGCAACGUCACUCGUCGACCGUCCCGUCUCUGGGCCACCAAUCAAGACCGAGUCCUGCCAAACCCACGGCCAGAGGGGCUCCCAUCGUCUUUGCUGUUAGGGCAGAGCCGGAUUCCGAUUCCUCCAUCCCGUCUUCCACUUUCCCAUCCCGUAUGUUGGAACUCUCUUUUUUUCUCCACGUUCCGUUGCGAAGCUCAGCUGCCAGCCAAGAACCACGCACCACAUCGAUGCCAUCCAUCCCGGAAACACCCACUACUGCUAUACACUUUGACACUACCUACAGUACACUCACUACCACAUCACAUCUACCUUAUCCUGGUGGCCAUUCAGCUAGAUAGUCCAUACUUUCUUUCUUCACCUAUUCCCGGCCCUUGUUCGUUAGGGUUUCCACGCUUAGUCCAUAUACACACUGCCGGGCUCGUUGCAAGCCACCUCGGCCACCCUUCCCUCCUCAGCCUCUCGAGUCUAAUUACACUCGUCUCCUUCCACUUAUUGGUGCAGCAUAGCGUCUCCAUUCAUCUUUUUUCCCCUCCUGGGCUCGCUCAGGGUCCUCCCCCAGUACGUCCGCAUUCCACGUGCGUCCCCUCUGCAAUCUGCAGCCUGCGCUUGCUUCCGUGAUCCGGCGGCGUCUGGUCAUCUCCGAGUCGUCCCCCAUCCAUCGCGUACCUAGAAAGAAGCUGAGGUGAUCGAUCCCCUGUGUCGCUCAAGCGGGCUUCUUCCAUGUUUGGGUCCAAGGCAAGAAGGCUACGGACGAGCGCACUGUACGCGUAACACUCGAUCGCCCGGCUCCGCUCCGUCUACCCAAAUCACCACACAACUGCACCGCGUGCCCGCAUGCCGGUUUCCUGGACAUUCCCAGUCCCCCCCUGCGCUGCUUCGUCCUUGCUUACCUACCCCGAGUCACACUUCACCUUCCCUGCCAAGAAGGCCCUGAUUUUCUUUCUCUUUCAUACAGCUAACCGCUGCCUGGUCACCUAGAUAACUGGCGCUGCCUUGAAUACGCACACGGAUACAGAUAUACUUUAUUCUUUUUUUCCGACAGCCAAACAAACUUCCAACCCUAUGCUUGGGUCCGCCGCCACACUACAUCUCCGCACGUUCCGUCCCACCUCCCCUUCCGUCUGCGUCUCCACGUCUGAGCUUCCUUUCCCGUCUGCUUGAGUGACAGCUUCGUACCGACAAGCAGGUACCAGUAUCAGACGGCUUAUUGAUCGAUGCAGCAACGACACCCACGGUCCCUCAAUGUGAUCACCCGACCCGGCCCUUCCUGGCGCACCACCUUUUAGCACACCUAUACUACGACCAAAUCCUAAGAGAGAGGAGAGAGAGGAGAGAGAGGAGAGAGAGAGAGAGCUUCUUAGCUAAGAGCUUGUUUCUAUUGUCAACCCAUUACGAAUCGCUUGGGGCGACCGAUGCAGCCACCAUGAACAACAACUACUACGGUUCCCCGCUGUCUCCUGAGGAGCUUCAGCAUCAAAUGCACCAGCACCAGCAGCAGCAGCAGCAACAACAACAACAACAACAGCAGCAGCAGCAGCAGCAACAACAACAACAGCAACAACAGCAACAACAGCAUCAGCAUCAGCAGCAACAAAAAACCAAUCAGCAUCGCAAUGCCGGCAUGAUGAAUACGCCUCCAACUACAAAUCAAGGAAACAGCACGAUUCACGCUUCAGAUGUAACCAUGUCAGGAGGAAGCGACUCUCUUGAUGAAAUCAUCCAGCAGAACCUCGACGAAAUGCAUCGAAGGCGGAGUGUCCCCCAGCCCUAUGGGGGCCAGACUAGGAGGUUGUCCAUGUUUGAUUACGCGAACCCCAACGAUGGUUUCUCGGACUAUCAACUCGAUAAUAUGUCAGGAAAUUACGGGGACAUGACUGGCGGCAUGGGCAUGUCAGGGCACUCGAGCCCGUAUGCAGGGCAGAACAUCAUGGCCAUGUCGGACCACAGCGGUGGAUACUCGCACAUGUCGCCCAAUGUUAUGGGCAACAUGAUGACUUACCCCAACCUCAACAUGUACCACUCUCCCCCGAUCGAGAACCCCUAUUCUUCGGCCGGACUCGACACUAUUCGCACCGAUUUUUCCAUGGACAUGAACAUGGAUAGUGGCUCCGUCAGCGCAGCCAGCGUACAUCCCACCCCUGGGCUUAAUAAGCAGGACGACGAGAUGAUGACCAUGGAGCAGGGCUUUGGUGGAGGUGACGAUGCCAACGCCUCUCACCAGGCCCAACAAAACAUGGGCGGUUUGACUCCGGCCAUGACUCCGGCCAUGACCCCUGCAAUGACCCCGGGUGUCAGCAACUUUGCACAAGGCAUGGCUACACCAGUCUCACAGGAUGCGGCAAGCACACCCGCGACAACCUUCCAGUCUCCGUCCUUAUCCGCAACAACACAGACAAUACGAAUUGGGCCGCCGCCACCGCCGAGCGUCACCAAUGCCCCCACCCCAGCGCCAUUUACCUCGACGCCGUCAGGUGGAGGAGCGUCCCAGACAAAGAGCAUUUACUCCAAAAGCGGUUUCGACAUGCUGAGGGCGUUGUGGUAUGUGGCAUCGAGGAAGGACCCAAAGCUUAAGCUCGGUGCCGUGGACAUGUCUUGUGCAUUUGUCGUCUGUGAUGUAACACUCAACGAUUGCCCCAUCAUUUAUGUGUCCGAUAACUUCCAAAACCUCACGGGCUAUAGUCGCCACGAGAUUGUCGGGCGGAACUGCCGCUUCUUGCAGGCCCCCGACGGUAAUGUGGAGGCUGGCACCAAGCGCGAAUUUGUCGAAAACAACGCCGUAUAUACGCUCAAGAAGACCAUCGCGGAGGGCCAGGAGAUUCAGCAGAGUCUGAUCAAUUAUCGGAAGGGCGGCAAGCCUUUCCUGAAUUUGUUGACCAUGAUUCCCAUUCCCUGGGAUACCGAAGAAAUCCGUUAUUUCAUUGGAUUUCAGAUCGAUCUCGUGGAAUGCCCUGAUGCCAUAAUCGGCCAGGAAGGAAAUGGGCCCAUGCAGGUCAACUAUACCCACAGCGAUAUCGGGCAGUACAUCUGGACGCCACCUACCCAGAAGCAACUGGAGCCUGCCGACGGCCAGACUUUGGGCGUUGAUGAUGUUUCGACACUUUUGCAGCAAUGUAAUUCGAAGGGUGUUGCAUCCGACUGGCACAAACAAUCCUGGGAUAAGAUGCUUUUGGAGAACGCAGACGAUGUUGUCCAUGUGUUGUCGCUCAAGGGUCUCUUCUUAUACCUAUCUCCGGCCUGUAAGAAAGUGUUGGAGUACGAUGCCAGCGACCUCGUUGGGACCUCGCUGUCCUCGAUUUGCCACCCGUCCGACAUCGUGCCGGUGACGAGGGAGUUGAAAGAGGCCCAGCAACACACUCCAGUCAAUAUAGUCUUCAGAAUUCGGAGAAAGAACAGUGGUUAUACCUGGUUUGAAAGCCACGGAACAUUGUUCAACGAACAGGGUAAGGGUCGCAAGUGUAUCAUUCUUGUGGGGAGAAAACGCCCCGUUUUUGCUCUACACAGAAAGGACCUCGAACUCAACGGCGGUAUUGGUGACAGCGAAAUUUGGACCAAGGUCUCGACAUCAGGCAUGUUCUUGUUCGUUUCGUCGAAUGUCCGGUCGCUCCUGGAUUUGCUCCCGGAGAACCUCCAAGGUACCAGCAUGCAAGAUCUCAUGCGCAAGGAAUCCAGAGCCGAGUUUGGGAGGACGAUAGAGAAAGCUAGAAAGGGCAAGAUCGCGAGCUGCAAGCAUGAGGUGCAAAACAAGCGUGGCCAGGUGCUCCAGGCCUAUACAACAUUCUACCCCGGAGAUGGUGGUGAGGGUCAAAGGCCAACGUUUUUGUUGGCGCAAACAAAGCUGUUGAAGGCGUCAUCAAGGACACUAGCUCCCGCGACCGUAACGGUCAAGAAUAUGUCUCCGGGCGGUGUUCCUUUGUCGCCAAUGAAAGGGAUCCAGACCGACAGUGAUAGCAACACUCUCAUGGGCGGGAUGUCGAAGUCGGGAAGCAGCGAUAGUACGGGGGCCAUGGUCUCAGCUCGUAGCAGUGCAGGACCCGGCCAGGAUGCGGCUUUGGACGCCGAUAACAUAUUUGACGAACUCAAGACAACGCGUUGCACCAGCUGGCAGUACGAGCUGAGGCAAAUGGAGAAGGUGAAUCGCAUGUUGGCCGAAGAGCUGGCGCAGCUUUUGUCUAACAAGAAAAAACGGAAACGAAGAAAGGGAGGAGGUAACAUGGUGAGGGAUUGUGCAAAUUGCCAUACGAGGAACACGCCCGAAUGGCGGCGUGGGCCAAGCGGGAAUCGAGAUCUAUGCAACAGUUGUGGGUUGAGAUGGGCAAAGCAGACUGGGCGCGUAUCGCCGCGCACCUCAUCCCGAGGUGGGAAUGGUGAUUCGAUGAGCAAGAAGAGCAAUUCACCUAGUCACUCGUCGCCCCUUCAUCGAGAAGUCGGCAACGAUUCACCGUCUACUACCACCGCUACCAAGAACUCACCCUCUCUUCGAGGAAGUAGCACCACUGCACCCGGUACGAUCACAACGGACAGCGGACCAGCAGUCGCAUCGAGCGCUAGUGGAACCGGUAGUACGACUAUAGCUACUUCAGCCAAUUCUGCUGCAUCAACCGUCAACGCCCUGGGCCCUCCUGCGACAGGUCCCAGUGGCGGCUCACCGGCUCAACAUCUUCCGCCUCAUCUCCAGGGAACACACCUUAACGCCCAGGCCAUGCAGCGUGUACACCAGCAUAAGCAGCAUCAGCAGCAUCAACAGCAGCAUCAACAGCAGCAUCAACAGCAGCAUCAACAGCAGCACCAACAGCUUCAGCAGCAUCAGUUCAACCCUCCACAAAGCCAGCCACUCCUGGAAGGCGGAAGCGGUUUCCGUGGAAGCGGAAUGGAGAUGACCUCAAUUAGGGAAGAGAUGGGCGAACAUCAACAGGGCUUAAGUGUAUAGGAACCACUCGGCCCAUUGACUACAUCGUCGACCUCUUAUGACUCAUCGGUCUCAAACCUGUCGUUGCCUGCAGUGGAAGUCGGUGACCAUACUGACCCCCAGCAACAACUACAAGAUCAAGGCCGCUGUCAGACUCAUAGGCUGGGACAACAACAACAAAAACAACAACAACAACAAGAAGGAGAACAACAACAACACAAAGAACAUAGUAGUACGAGUCUACCGUCCCAGAGGCAACGGUUACACAAGGAGCUUUGUGAGUUCCAUGAGUUGCAUGAUUCGCGGGAAUGGCAGCAACAACACCAACAGCAGCAUCUUUAUGCCUCACAGCAACGACAACAUCAUGUAGAACUGCAAAAGAGGUUGCAACAGCGGCAGCAAAUGCAAAUACCGCAGCCGCAGCAGGAGCAGCUGUAAGAGUAACUACGCCCAUCAUCACCGACCGAAGGACCGAAAGACGAUAUUGAGUACACCAAUAACCUCGGCGGCCCAUCUCAUGGCCACUGUCUCUACUCGCAGCUACUAUACGUUACCUGGGCUUCAAUACAAUAGAGAGGGUGUGUAGAAUAUGAGGGGAAGACGGGCAACCAACAUUCCCGGAACGGACGAUGGGAAAACGCUUGAGGCCCAUGCGGUCGUCGGAGAGAAAAAGGAGCAAUCUUACUAGAGAUUUGCAAACUUCGGAUCAUACCAGACCUAUAUACAUACAUGCACACAUACUCGUAUACGUAUGUCAUGAUAGUUUUCUCUUUCUUUUCUUUGUAUGUGGAGGGUUAUUCAACAGAAGAAGGCCUGUAUAGUGUAGACUUUUACAUUAAAGUGGCACGAGCUAGUAAGGAUGGAGUAUUUUCAACAAGGGUAGGAAAAAGGAAAGGAAGGACAAGGAUUGGUGAAUGGGCAUGGAUAGGUUGAUUUGAGUAAGACUGGUUGGUUGGUUGGUUUGGUUGACAGGAGCCGGAGCGUUUUAGAAAUCGGCUGCUUGCUGGCUUGACACAUUGUGUUUUCCAAUUUUUUUUUUUUUUUUUUUUUUUUUUUUUUUUGGGAUGUGCUUUUAUAUACAUAUAUAUCAUCAUAGUUGGUUUUGAUUAGGUCGUUUAUGUCCUGCAUUCAAAUAUGCAUUCUUGAG